AUGGAGCGUCGUCUUCUGGAUAGGCUUGAUGACGUGGAGAAGGAGCUUCGUCGCUCGCGUGCGGGGUCGGCGUUACCAUCAGCUCCUCGCGCUGCUCCCGUCGUCCCUCUCUCCACGCUCCUGCCCCACAAUCCCUUUGGAUCCCCGGCGCGUUCAGAGCGGCCGCUGCCUGCGGGGAUGGGCUUCGUAGGUGCUGGUGGCGGGCCGCCGUGGGCUCAGUUUGCUCCGCCGCGUCCUCUUCCUGCUCCGCGUGAUCUCGCUGUGUCGUCUCACUGUGCCCGCACGUCUGCGUUACUUCCGCCGAUGAAGGAAGUUCCCACGGCGACCCUGGCCCGCUUAUGGUCGCUGGCGGCGUCCCUGAAGAGCCUUGAGCGGAUUCUCCAGGAGUCAUUUGACUCCAUGCCGGUAGCGCCCUCGCCGGGAGCAACCUCGGCCAGCCAGCUGGCUGACUCGGCCCUGGCUCUGAGGACGCUUGUAGCAGGCCCUGGUACUCCUGUUGACGUUGUAGGCGCCACCGUGUCUGUGGUCCGCCAUUUGUGGUUGAACACGAGCGGAAUGCUCGCUGCGGUAGAGGCGGACCGCAUGUAG